AUGGAGAAAGACGAGUCUAUCGCCGUCACCACGGGCGCGAUGGUCGACGAGACCGCGCCUGAUGACAAGCUCAAGGCCCUGCGUGACCUCAAGGAUCACCACCACUGGGAUCCAAACAUGCCCGAGGACGUUAAUGAGGAACUCGAUGAGGCCUUACAUACAUCCGACAAGCAUACCCAGGAGGUCAUCGCUCAGGAGCUCCUGGAGAACUCCCCAUACCCCGAGGUUCGGUCCGCUGUACCUAACAUCGAUGAGGGUGGCUCUGUGAACACUAUCCGCGCCUGGGUGAUUGGUCUUUUGUUUGCGACCAUCGGGUCUGCCCUCAACAUGCUGUUCUCCAUGCGUCAGCCCUACAUUGUCAUCCCCUCAUACAUUGCACAGGUCGUCGCUUACCCAGUUGGAAAGGCUUGGGAACUUUGGAUGCCCAAUUAUACCUUCUCUUUCUUCGGCCGCAAAGCCCAACUCAACCCUGGUGUCUUUACCAAGAAAGAACAUACCAUUGUGGUCAUUAUGGCUAACGCCACUUUUGGUGGUGGCGCCGCCUACGCGACCGAUGUCCUCUUGGCUCAGCGUUCCUUCUAUAAACAACACUUUGGCUGGGGUUUCGAGAUCCUGAUGUGUAUCUCAACCCAAAUGUUGGGCUUCGGUAUGGCCGGCUUCUUUACCCGCUUCCUGGUGGCUCCCGCUGCUAUGAUUUGGCCCUCGACCUUGAUCAACACCUCUCUCUUCGCUGCGCUGCACGAUCGCACCAAGCCGGACCCCAACAAGGUCGCUGGCUGGAGGAUCGGUAAAUAUCAGAUGUUCCUGUACGCCAUGAUUGGCUCUUUCUGCUGGUAUUGGUUCCCUGGUUACAUUGCGCCUUUCCUGAGUAUCUUCGCCUGGGUCACCUGGAUCAAGCCCAAUAACGUGGUCGUCAACCAACUUUUCGGUGGAGCGACUGGUCUCUCACUUAUUCCAAUGACAUUUGACUGGACUCAGAUCUCUGGAUUCAACUUCAGUCCCAUGAUUGCUCCUUGGUAUGCCAUCUCCAAUACGAUGAUUGGCAUGUUCCUCUGGUUCUGGAUUGUCACACCCGCCAUUCAAUAUUCCAACCUCUUCUACGCUCAAUUCCUACCCAUCAGCGACUCCAAUAGUUAUGAUAACACCGCGCAUAAAUACAAUGUCAGCAAGAUUCUUACUCCUGACUAUACCUUUGACAUCGCGAAAUACGAGGCAUACUCUCCUCUCUUCCUCUCGACAACAUUCAUGCUGUCCUACGGUCUGUCAUUUGCCAGCAUCAUUGCUGUGCUUGUUCAGACUGGUCUCUUCAACGGAAAGGAUAUCUGGGCUCGAUUCCGUCGCGUCGGAAAGGAGGAGGAAGAUGUUCACGGUCGCCUCAUGACUCGCUACGCUACAGUCCCACUUUGGUGGUACUUGGUUGUGUUUUUGAGCAUGGUUGCAAUUGGCUUUGGUGUUAUUCUGGGCUGGCCUACACAUAUGAGCUGGUGGUCCUUCAUCAUUGCCCUGAUCAUUUCCGCCGUUUGGUUUGUUCCUAUUGGAAUUGUCAAGGCUGCCACAAACAUCGAUAUCGGUCUUAAUGUCAUCACCGAGUUCAUCAUCGGUUAUAUGCAGCCGGGUAGACCUAUGGCCAUGAUGCUGUUCAAAACCUACGGUUACAUCAGCAUGUACCAGGGAAUGUACUUCACGCAGGAUCUGAAAAUCGGUCAUUACAUGAAGAUUCCUCCCCGUGUUACAUUCAUGGCCCAGAUGGUGGCUUGUUUCUGGUCCUCCCUCGUGCAAAUUGCCACCAUGAACUGGGCUCUGGGUGCCAUCAAGGGUGUCUGCGACUCUGACCAGCCUAACCAUUUCACCUGCCCCAACGGUCGUGUGUUCUUCAACGCCUCCGUUAUCUGGGGUGUCAUUGGCCCUGCCCGCAUGUUCUCCAUCGGCCAGCUUUACGCCCCCCCUAAUUAUAUCCGUGACCGCUGGCGCGGAUGGUGGAUGCAAUACAACUACGUUCUGUCCGCUGGUUUGGAUGUCGGUCUCGCUCUUUGCACCAUUCUCAUCUUCUUGACUCUGAACUUGACCGAUACCGAAUUCCCCGCCUGGUGGGGCACCAAUAUCGCCUCGGGGACCAAGGACGUGGUCAAUCGUGCCAUUCGAGUUCCUCUUGCUGAAGGCCAGACCUUUGGUCCCACCAAGUGGUAA